GAUAUACUUAAUUAUCUGUUCUAAUUAUUAUUAUUUUUUUUAAAAAGGAGGGGGGGAGGUGUUCUUCGCAAGAUACAUCAUAAUUGAGUUAGGAGGUCUAUCAGAAUAUAAGAGAAAGUCUAGAGCGGAUAGAAAUUAGACUUAUGAGUUGUUGAAUACAGCAAGUACGUAUUUCGUAAGGUGUGAGUUGGUGCAUUGACAGUGGUUUUGUAAAUGAGGAAGUGUUUCAAAGUUUACAUUAGGGCUGCUUCAUCUCGAUUGGAAUCAAUGCUUUCAACACACUGCAACUAAACCAGCUGAAGUGAAGUACAUCCCCCAGUUAAAUAAAUGCUUAUCUUUCUACCUCGAUCUUAAUUACGGUCUAGCGAUGAGCUCGAGCACUUUGGAACCAUGAGGAUUGUUAGUGUCGUAGACGGCUGUCUGUUUUUGGCAGAUAGUUUUGUGUAAUCACAUCCUGAGAGCUCCUAUGGAUACGACAUUUUUCGCUUUAAGAAGCCACGAGAAUUCGUCAGACGUGACACACUGCCAAUAAAAUGCAGGAUGUACUGGUCUGUGGGCAUAAGUGAAUCAACCGACGGUACUGAGAACAGCAUGGACAGACAGCAUGGCACUGUGGAUAUGGGAGGCAAGCAGUCCGUCCUGGGCAAUUCCACUUUGAAUCAGUCUCCUACCAUCGAAAACAUCCAGGCUGCAUACAAAGAAGGUGAAACCAGCAGGGCAGGGGAGCUCAUUAAAAUCUUGUGUGGCGAGAACAACAGGCUGGAAAAGCACCAGCUCCUCACUGUUGCAGCAGGGAAUGGAGACCUGGAGUCUGUGCAAUAUUUACUGAAGGAGGGCAGGGUGGACCUGCCCAGGGAGCCCACAGAUGAAAAUCCAGCAGUCGUUGCAGCUUAUUAUGGCCAUGAAGACAUUGUGAAGGAGUUGCUAGACUCCUUGCCAGGGUCGGGCAUCUAUAAAGAUCUGCUAAACUGGAUGCUGGCAAAAGCUUGCCAACAAGGACAUCUGGCCAUCGUCAAGCUGUUGGUGCUCAACUACAAGGCUGACACUGAGAACUGUGCAAUAAGAAACAAUGACUUCGCUGUCAUCACAGGGGUGCCGCUCUAUGCAGCGGCAAAGGCAGGAAAUGAAGAGAUUGCUGCCUUUCUGCUUCAGAAUGGGUCUGUUUUCUGCUCGUAUACUCUAAUGGACCACACUCACUUCGCCAAGCAGCUUCUGAGAGAGAGAUUUAUGGAGCCUAGCACUCCGGAGCACAGCGAGGAAGUGGGUGAUACCCUCUCUGUGCAGUGGUCCAGGUUGAAGCUGCCCUGGCUGGAACUGGACUGGUUCAUUGACCUCUCCUCCAGGAUCUCCCAACUGGACCUGUCUUCUAACAGCCUCACCGGCCUGCCAUCCGUCGUCCCCUGGGGGCUGAUCCAGCUGCGGCAGCUCAACCUGGAGGACAACCAGCUGAGAGAGCUUCCCUCUGUCCACUCCUCGGAGGGUAUCCUCUGCACAAGGCUGCUGGAGGUGAACCUCUCCCAGAAUGAGCUAACCAGUCUUUCUUCAGGAUUCUUACAUCUUUCCAGUCUCCAAAAGCUCUUAGCAGCAAAGAACCAACUGACAACAUUAUUUGAAGCUGAAAAUGCUACUAACUGGAUAGGACUGCGGAGGCUGCAGGAGCUCAAUGUGUCGGACAAUCUUCUCACCGAGGUCCCUGCUUGCUUCCUUCACUGCUUCAAGUCGCUCCGUAGCUUCAAUGUUUCUAGGAACAAACUGAAAGCGUUUCCAGAUCCAUGGGCAUGCCCCCUGAAAUAUUGUCGGGCAUCUUCCAAUUCCAUAGAGAGCAUUUCAGACACUAUUUCCAUAUUUUGGAAAAAUCAUCUUCAAGAAAUUGACUUCUCUGACAACUGCUUGAAGGAGCUGCCAUUGCAAAUCUUUCAGCUAGAGGCGUUGGUGUCACUAAAAGUGAGUGAAAAUCAGCUAACUGCUUUGCCUUCGCCAAACAAGUGGACUUGCUCUCAGCUCAAAUCGCUUGAUCUUUCAAAGAAUCAUCUCGGAAAGACUGAGGAGGGAGCAAAAACUAAAAGACGUGGUUUCUUCACUACAUGGAGCAGAAGAGGCCCGGAUACUGCUUCUUUGAUCGAAUUCCCCGGGUUCCUCAGCGAGUGUUUGGAAGUCCUGUUCCUGAAUGAUAAUCAGCUGGAGGCAGUGCCCCAGUCAGUGUGCUGUCUGAAGAGCCUGAAUGAGCUCUAUCUGUCACAUAAUCCCGGGAUUCGAGAAUUGCCUCCUGAACUAGGACAGCUGUCUAAUCUUUGGCAGCUGGAUAUUGAAGAGCUGAAUAUUGGUAACAUCCCAGCUGAGGUCAGGAAGGAAGGUCCUAUUGCAGUGCUGGCUUUCUUGAGGGCUCAUCUUAGGAAGGCAGAGAAGUGCAAGCUGCUGAAGAUGAUCGUUGUGGGGCCUCCUCGGCAGGGGAAAUCCGCAUUGCUGGAAGCCCUACAGACAGGGAAAGUGCCGCAGAUGCUGCAAAAUGAAACCAGCAUCAGAACAAGCAAGUGGGAGCUGGAGAGGCCCAAUGGUGUCAAAGCCAAGAUCGAUUCAGUGGAGUUCAAUGUGUGGGAUAUUGGAGGCCCUGCCAACAUGUCCACAGUCAAUCAGUGUUUCUUUACUGACAAGGCCCUGUAUGUAGUUAUAUGGAACCUGGCUCUGGGGGAAGAGGCUGUGGCGAACCUGCAGUCCUGGUUAUUAAACAUUGAGGCCCGAGCCCCGAAUGCUGCUGUGGUGGUGGUAGGGACCCACCUCGAUCUGAUCAACUCCAAGUUCCGCACAGAGAGGAUCGCCACCCUGCGUGCCUACGUCCUGGCAGUGUGUCGCUCCCCAUCUGGAACCCGAGCCACGGGCUACCCCGACGUCACCUGUAAACACCUGCAAGAAGUGUCUUCUAAGACCCUCGAGGGCUUCGAUGGGCUGCGAAGGUUGCUGUUUCAGGUUUCCUGUAACAUAAAGGAUAUGUCCAAUGCGGCAACGCCCCAGAAACUUGUGGGAAGAUUGAUACCCAAAAGCUAUCUACUUUUACAAGAAGCAGUCCUAGCGGAGCGGCUGAGGAGAGACCUGGAAGAUGAAGUCCAGUAUCUGACUGACGUGCAGCUGGAGCAGAUCAUAGAGCAGAACCCUGACAGUGAUAUCAAAGACUACGAGGACCUGCAAAGCGCUCUCAGCUUCCUGAUCGAGACGGGAGCGCUCCUCCACUUCCCUGACACGAGCCACGGCCUACGAAACCUGUACUUCCUGGACGCGGUGUGGCUGUCGGAGUGUCUGGAGAGGAUCAUCAGCAUUAAGAGCUCCAAGUCGGUGGUAAAGAACGGCGUGAUCAAAGCAGAGGACCUGCGCAUGCUGCUGGUGGGCACCGGUUUCACUGCAGAAACUGAGGAGCAGUAUUUCCAGUUUCUUGCCAAGUUUGAAAUCGCACUUCCAGUUGCCAGUGACAGUUACCUGCUGCCUCAUCUACUGCCGCCCAAACCGGGACUGGAUAUCCACGGCUUCCGCCAGCAGACAGCCAACACCAUUCAGAGGCUCUUCAAAAUGAGCUUCGUCCCAGCUGGAUUCUGGCAGAGGUUUAUAGCUCGGAUGUUGAUUAGCCUCACAGAAAUGGACCUGCAGUCAUUUGAGAACAAAAAGAACACAAAGUCUCUGAGAAAAAGGCAGAGUAUAAUUUAUAGCUUUGCUGGCAACCAGCAGCGAAACCGAUGCAGUACCUUCCGUGUCAGGAGAAGCCAGACAAUUUACUGGAAGGAGGGGCUGCUGGUGACAUUUGACGGUGGCUACCUCAGUGUUGAAUCAUCAGAUUUGAACUGGAAAAAGAAGAAGAGUGGAGGAAUCAAAAUAAUCUGCCAAUCUGAAAACCGCGAUUUCUCCGCCAUGGCUUUCAUUACAGACCAUGUGAACUCCCUGAUUGAUCAGUGGUUUCCUGCUCUGACUGCCAGUGAAAACGAUGGCACGCUGCUGAUCGAGCAGUAUGCGCCGUGCCCCUUCUGCGCUACAGCCACCACAGAGAGGGCAGACGUGCCGGGGGCAUCGAGGGCAGUGCACUACUUCAACAUGGAGGACUGCGUUCACGCUGCCAUGCAACUGGAUCACAUUGUCUGUCCGAAUCACCCCUCUGUCCCAGUGCCCCUCCAAGAGCUGGUCCCAGAGCUCUUCAUGACUGAUCUCCCUGCACGGUUGUUUCUUGAAAAGAGCAGCCUGGAGUAUAGCGAGGAUGAAAGCAACAUCCUUGGGCAGGGUGGCAGUGGGACCGUUAUAUUCAAGGCCCAAUACAAGGACACACCUGUCGCAGUGAAAAGGUUCCAGUUCAAGAGGUGUCGACAGCAGUCCUUGGAUGCCAGCACAGACACUAUGGUUAGACACUUGCGGUCCAUGGAUGCUCUGAGGAUUUUUUCUGAGUUCCGUCAGGAGGCCAGCAUGCUCCACUCCUUGCAGCAUCCAUGCAUCGUGUCUCUGAUCGGAAUCAGCAUUCAUCCACUCUGCUUCGCUCUGCAGCUGGCCCCUUUGGGCAGCCUCAACACUGUGCUGGAGGAGUACUCCAAGGCAGGAGUCCUGUUUAUGCCACUGGGGCCAAUGCUGACCUUCAAGGCAGCCUAUCAGAUUGCAGCAGGGCUGGCCUACCUGCACAGGAAGAACAUCAUCUUCUGUGACCUGAAAUCUGACAACAUUCUAGUUUGGUCACUGGAGACCAACGACCCGGUGAACGUCAAGCUUUCAGAUUACGGAAUCUCCCGGCAAUCGUUCCACGAAGGAGCUCUGGGGGUGGAAGGAACUCCGGGCUACCAGGCACCAGAGAUCCUGCCUGGCAUUGUCUAUGAUGAGAAGGUGGAUAUGUUCUCCUAUGGGAUGGUUCUGUACGAGCUGUUGUCCGGGAGACGGCCUGUGCUCGGUCAGCAUCAGUUGCAGAUUGUGAAGAAGCUCUCCAAGGGGAUCCGACCGGUGCUGGGACUCCCAGAGGAGGUGCAGUUCCACUGCCUGCAGACUCUCAUGCUGCAGUGCUGGGACACCAAGCCUGAGAAGCGUCCUGUAGCUCUCUCGCUGCUGAAGCAGAUGCAGGAGCCCAGCUUUCCUACCUUCAUGUAUCUGCUGCCCAGUGAGAGGCACUCCCAGCUGUUCCUCCCCACAGAGCAGGAGCACACUGUUGUGUUUUGGGAUGGGGAGAAUGAGGAGAGGAAUUACACUGUGGUGAACAUAGAGAAAGGCCUGGUGGAAGUGCAGAGAAUGGCUUGUCGUGGAAUGAAGUUGAGUUGUCAACUGAAAAUAGAGAAUGUACUCUGGACAGCGACAGAGGACCACAAUAUUUAUAUUUACAUUCUGAAAGGCAUGUGUCCACUAAGUACUCCACAGAAGUGUCUCCCCUGCCCGGCUAUUGUAACUUGCAUGCUUGCAGUGCCUGCUAAGAAAAAGACUUUACCGCUAGUCUUUGUCGGAAUGGCAGAUGGACUAGUUGCAGUGUACACGCUGAUCAAUAACCUCCCACAUGAAAGCCAAUCCUACCUGUGCUCGCACACUCUCAAUAAAUCCAUCUUUAAGAUCUCGGAUGACGACCCACGACAAAACCCCUACCCGGUGAAGGUCAUGGUGCUGGUGAAGAGCGGCUCGGAGAUCUGGUACAGCACUGGCCCCGGCAUUCUCAUCAUAGACUGUUUGACCCUUCAGGCUGUAAAAAGACUAGAUCCGUACAUCUGUCCUUCCACUGUCAUCUCAAUGGCCUGCAAUUCUGGCUGCGGUGGAGAAGAGGCAGUUUGGUGUUUGGACGAUAAGACCAACACCUUGCUAAUGUACCACGCCGCUACAUAUCAGCUGUGUGCCCGCUACUUCUGCGGAGACAGCAAUCCUCUCCGAGACAUGUUUGCAGUCCAGAAAUCUGCUGAGGUGACUCCAGACACUACACCUACCUCCUCCACCUCCCCCUCCAUUGAUGAGAAGGGCUCUGAAACCAACAGCCCUGGGGAGGUGACCAUCAUCUACAGUGAGGAAGCGGGGACCCAGAUAAUAAGACACCAGGACUCCCUGACAGACUAUUGCUCCAUGUCUUCCUGCUCUUCCGACGGGCUGUCACAGAUUGACCGGUCCAGCUCCGGAAUCUUGAAUUCUCUUACCAGCUCCACCAGCAUGCCCUUUUCCACAGAAUGUGAGGAGUCGGACAGGUGGCAGAAUCAGAUGGGCAUGCCUGUGCCGGAGAGCAUGGAUUCCUCUCCCCAGGGUGACGCUGUGGAGGGCCUGCAAGCUGUGAAAGUGCUCGCAGUUAAGGACACCUUGUGGAUCCCAAGGAGAGGCGGGGAUGUAAUCGUUAUUGAGCUGGAGAAGGGGUCUGGCAGCAGGGGCAGAGUGUUCGCAGUGCUCAAGGAAGCUGCGCUGGCUCAACGUGGGGUGCUGGUUGAAGCUGCUGUAGUUGCAAAGGACACUGUUGUGUGCGGCUUUCAGAAUGAAAACAUGGAGUGGUGCCUGGCUGUCUGGAGAGGCUGGGGAGCCAGAGAGUUUGAAAUCUUCUACCAGUCGUACGAGGAGCUGGGAAAGCUCGAGAUCGGCAUGAGAAAAAGAAGGUAGCUCUUGUGUGGCUCAAAAUCAGGCCUCUGUGAAGGAUGUGCUUUGGGGAAUAGAGACUGACCGCCUUCACUGUUUCAACCUGAAGGGAGGCAUGCUUCGACCAGAAGUGCUGUAGACAAGAAAAACAUGGAACUGUUAGCUUGCAAACACUGUGUGUGUGUGGCUAUUAUUGGAAUCAGGUUACACAUGCAUGCUGUAAAGUCAUUAGAACACCCUAAACUACUUAGAGGCUGCCUAACUUAAUGGAUGCCUUUACAAUGUCCAAAUAUGAGCUACGUUGAAAUGAUUUAGAAUUUGAGACACUGGGGCAAACAUAGCAUGCUAGAAACAGACCCUGAAUAUACUGCACUGCAUGUUCUGAGUGGAGCAAGAAAUGCUAUUUAACCCAUGUUACUUAACUGGGCUAUGUGUAAUGUUCUUGUAAAUAUCAUGAAAUAAGCUGUAUAUGUAGAUUUUUUGUGUGUGUGUGUAAAUAAAACCUAAAUAAAUUGGACUGGUCUUCAUAUAAAAACCAUAAUGUAUUCCACGUAGGAGAGCAAUAACAAAAUCAAAUGGUUGAAUGCAAAAGCGAACAAUCUUGUCUGUUAAUAAAGGAGGUACAGUAGGUCCAUUUGAUAUCAAGUUGCCUACAACUAAAAACAGUAAUCAUUUUGUCCAGUAAUAAUUACCCAUGCUGUUUAUUAACUUCAAAUUGAGUGUCUGAUUAAACCCCUAAUUACCCCCAGCAAGUCACUCCUUUUGGUCUUGUUUUUGUUAUUAUGCGCUCAUAAAAAUAGACGCAGGAACGGUAAACAGCAAUUGUGCUUAAAAGCCCGCAUUAAAUGGUCUGUCCUUUUUUCAUUCUUCAUUCUUAGGGAAACAAAUAAAGAACAAAGAAAAGAAAGGCCACCAAAGCCAGUUAUUUUGGGGGGGAGGGCGUAGUUGUUUUGGUUAAUGACAGGAAAGAAGACCUUGAAGACAAUAUCACCCUCCAAAUUGAACGGCCUAGGAAGAGUAUGACUAGGCA